UGGAAUUGAGACGCGACGCCGUGCGAACGUAUCCAGGCUGUGUAGUGUCUGGUCGAGGAUAAAAGCAAAAGAAAAAAGUUUAAUUUCAGUUUAAUUACUUUUAGUAGUAAUAUAUUACCGUUUAUUAUGUUUAACUUUUGAUUCCAUUUAUGUAGUGCUGUUCCAGGUUUGACUAGUAGUGCUGAAUAUACUGAUAGUGCAUUGAUACUGCAUAUGCAGGUAGAGGAGCAUGCCGUUGUGAUUGCUGAUUGAAGAAGAUGUGACACCGGGUGCAGCUAGGGUCGGAUAUCGAAUACUUAUCUACAGCAAGCCGUAAUAUUGGUGAAAGUGAAUGUGGUAAAAAAUCGUAAAAUGUUCUCAGUGCAGAAGCUAUCCCCCGUGAGGCAGCAUUGAUUAUGCUGUCUGUUCAAAGUGUCCUCAAAAGCUGAAGGACCAGUUUGUGAAGUGAUAGGUAAAAGCCCCGACGAGGGACGUCAAAAUGUUUGACUAGCAUAGAGCGUGAAGUGCAAAAAAUCUUCCUAAUGAAGUGCUACAAACAUGACCCGCAAAUACGAGCACCGGAUGGAUAUGGCAGCAAAUAAAGCAGAUGAUGUGUAAAAUGUGUAUCAGGAAAAAGAACUGUAAAAAAAGAUUUAAUUAUUUCGUGUUUCGUUCAACAUGUGUACGUCAAUGCCGCGAAGUGCAAUGUGAUUGCUAAGGUUAUUAUGAUGUUCGAAUUCAUUACGUUUCCAAUUUACUUAUGCUAGGUAGUACAUAUUAGGAAGACUUUCAGUGGGGUGGAUCAAAGACGAUUUUUUUCUUGUGCCUGUAGAAAAGCAAACAACGUAAAUGUUUGGUAUCCCAGUGCAAGCGGGAUAAAUUUCGCCAUGCUCCGUGGGGGCCAGGAAUGUACGUAAUAUUUCCGGCAGAUGAAUUAAUAUUGUUGACAUACGGAAUCGCAGUACCGAGAGUACCACCACGACCAACUCUGGACAACCUGCGAGAGCCACUUGUCCCCAUCGGCAAUAGGCCUUCUUCCGCCACCAUCCUGUCCCCCAAGCAGAUAAAUGAUCCCCGUCGGAUCCAAGGACCACCCCUCACGUCCUCUUCCGCACCUCUUACCCCGCCGACACUUUCACCUAGAGACAGAAGCCCGGAGCCUAGUGUCAAUUUCUCACCGGACGAUAGGAUUUACGAUUACGACGAUUCCACUCCACUAUACGAUACCGAUACGACUGUAAACUAUGUAAGUCGGGAGCUCCACCUCCCUCCCCUAUCCACGGCACCUCCAUUGGGAUCCAGACCAAACACUACCUCAGCUGCCAAAGGGAAAGAAAAGUCCAAAUCCAGACUCCACCUUAAGCUAGGGCGAUUGCGACCACAUUCCUCCACUGAACCAAGUGAAUCUGCCCGAAUCCGUGAAGAUCUGCAAAUCCACGUCUCGAACCCAGUGUUCACCCGUGAAAACCUUCGGCAGCGCAAUUUUGACGCCUUCUUCGAGUCUGGCGAAACGGUAUAUUCGCUAGAGAAGAAAGAGAAACCUCCCCCUGCGAGUGCGGAGUCCCUCGAAUUGAGUCCAUGGAAUACCUGUGAAUCUCCCGGAGUUCAGCAACGUUCCAUUUCCGUUGGAUUCUUCCGAAAAGGCAAAUCCCCAAUCGGUACCCAACGAGCCAGGAGUGCCGAACUAGAACUUGAAGAGUCCCAGAAAGAGUCAUCAAAAUCCCAUCGUAGUAUAUUUAGUAGCAAGCGAGGAGGUACGACACUGAGCAUCGUCCCGGUGUCGCAUCUGCCUCUUGGGGGAAGCAUGUCUUCCUCCGGAGGAGUUCUGAAGGAUUUAGGUCAUCCCGGCCUAAACGAGGCUCUCAAAUCCCACAACAGUGUCACCUUUAAGCUCGUUAAAACGGUUUCCGACUUUACAGAAAAUUUAGCACAACUAUACGAACAGCAUGCCGAAGCACUGCAGGUACUGGUUUCUGGCUACAGGAAAAGGAACGGUGAAUUGAGGAAGGAAAGACCCGCAUGCCAGUCGAAUCUAUUCCAAGCCUGGGAAACUUUUUUACAAGAAAUCGAAGCUGAUUCCCAGGCAACCAUCGAUGUCGCCAGUUCCCUUUCCAGGCAGGUUUCCCGACCUCUGUUGGAGCGUUCAUUCUACCGGAAGGUCCAAAGUAGAAAAGUAUUCACCCAUAGGGAAUCAUUUGAUACAAUCAUUUUGAAGACUGAAGAAAAAUUAUCAAAGUGCCGAAUCGAUUACAAGCAGUGCUACAUUGCUCACCGUCAGAAUCCAACGCAGCUCACGUUGACGCAGUACAUCGACUCCCACAAUGCAUACGUACAGCAGCUCCAUGCCACCAACGCCAUGCUGGAGGCGUACCACUACGAGACCCUACCCCAGCUGAUGCAGGAACUAGAGGAAAUUUACAAUGACCUGUGCAACAUCGUAGCGGAAGCGGUUCUGCAAGGUGCCGAGGCAAUUGCAGCCAAAGCACUCGAGCAAGCAAGACGAUAUGACAGCCUGGCAAAUCAGUGCAAAAGCGUGUCACCUUCGCAGGACCUGGGAUUCUUUGUUCGCAGCCUACCAGUUCCAUCCAAUGCUCAGCGGGUUCCGAAGAAAGCAUUCGCACCACCGCAAUCCGGCGCUCAGGGAGAAGGAGAUGAUCUUUCGACGGAUUAUGGCGUUGGCAUGCAGGACCAGACAGGCUACGCACUCAGGAACGAACUGGUCGUCGACAAAGGAGCUUCGAUUCAAGUGCGACCUUCCCUGGAAGCACUAAAGCGAGAAUCACAGGAAUUGGAAAUUCAAAUCAAACAGUUACAAGAUUCAGUAGACGCUUUAGUUCGAUCACAAAUAAGAGGAAUAGAAAGUCAGCUGUAUAACAAAGCAAACGAAAUACAGGAGGAUGUCUCUAUGAAGAAGUUCGAUUUGCGAGCCAAGCAAAUCCAUCUGGCAGCUGUCCGGGCGCAGAAAGAAUUGUUUUUGGGUAGAAUAGAUCCUGGUUCACCUCGCGGUGAACGUAAAAUGUCUUCUUCUAGUUCUUCCUCAAUGAAGACUAAGUGGUUAAAAGCGUUCAGAAGUCUGAAACCAGCCGGUUCAGCAAACGAUAGUCAAACGAAUAGUACACCUAAAACAAACCAAAUGUACCAUGCAGUUUCAACGGUACUGACAAUGAGGAAAAGCGGAAAUGGUGCUCAGAUACGGUUCGAUGGAUCGGAUAACCAUAAUCUACAGGAGUAUACGUAUAAGAAGAUAACGCCGUGCGAUGUUUGCUCACAAGUUUUAAGAGGUCACACGCGACAGGGCCUCCGCUGCAGGAUAUGCAAGGUAAACGUGCACGCCGACUGUGCAUCACAGCUGCCAAAAUGCCAAGUCAAGCAGAAGCUGCUCCGGCGCCAGAAGAGCACAUCCGAAAUCGAGAAUCGCACCGAAGUGGAGAAGGAAAAACCGACCGACAUCGAUCAAAUCUAUCAGGUCUUGAAAAAGGCUAAUGAAAUUUCCAGUGGCAAAGCUGCCGCUGCUGAAUCGAAAGCUCAAACCAACACUACAACCACUAGUGAUGCCAAUGCGAUGACUGGUGCUAGCAAUCCACAGCUAGAAAUACCUGUAGUCAAUGUGCCUGAUUAUCCAGAUCGAACACCUAGGAGGGGACCACCCAAAUCUCAGGGGCCAAAUUAUCAACAGCAAAAACAGGGACUCUCGGCGCCAACCACGACCGACAUGUCCAGCUCAGCCGAGGAAAAUGACACUAUCCUCUCGUCCCGGGCGUUUGGGCAACCACUUUGCUUCGUGGCAGAGGAGCCACUGCCAGAAGAACCCGCCACCAGCAAGAAGGGAGCACGGCGCAAGAAAUAAAAGGGUAUCCAAAGUGGGAUGAAAAUGAUGAAAAAACUCCAACUUUAUCCCAUUCUUCCUUAGUUUAUUAUCGUUUAUUUCCGUUCGAUGUAAUUUUGUUAAUAUCUUUGUUUUUUAGUUACCUUUUCCAGAGCGAGCUUGUUUUCGUCUUUUUAUAGCCACGAUAACGAUUCAGGAUUUCUAGGUUGUUGUACAGAUGAAUUAUAUUAAUUGACAGCGUGAAGAAAGCACACAAACAGCACGGUUCGGUUUUUACGACACUGAUUCAUGCAAGACACGCCAGCGUGUAGCUGUAGAGUAAUUACCUAAUGUGAAGUAGAUAAAAUUUCAAAUCGAGCUGCCAUUUAACGAGAAAUAAGACGAUCCUUCGAUGGAUGAUAUUAGUGCGAAAUCGAUAUUUUGUUAGUCUAAUUUGUGCCAGGUACGUUCCGAAUUGCCAACGAUUUUUCAAAAUGUGGUCAUUAGUUAAUUGAGUCAGAACUCAUGGGUGAUUAUCGUAGUACAGCUUCCACCUUUCAAAAACUGUAUUUGCAUUCAUGAUGCGAACGCCUAGAGAUAACCUGCUACUAUCUAUUAUGUAUGAAGAGGCGUAUCAUCAAUAAGUAGUCUUGAACUUCUACAUACGUUUAUUUGUGGUCAAAAUUUUGAAAGCACUACUGGUGAUGCCAAUGCCAAGAGCGAGAAUAAUAUCACUCCUUCCG